UGCAUUUGUUACCAUCCAUUAGGCGCUACCUACCUACCUGUCUGUUUUGAAUAUUUGCUUGCUUCGUCUUCUAGAUUACGAAAGCCGUUAUAUAUUUAUAAACUCGCACUUUUGUCUAUUAAUAAACCGUACUCAUUAGUUUUAGAACACCGACCGGCUGAUGUGGUAGUACUGUUUUUAUUGUAAACGCGCAAUUCGCGACUUUGCGUGUAAAAUGUGCCGCGGAAACAAAAUGUGUAUCACUCUCUUAUCUCAAUUUACCCGCGCCGAUAAUAAUCAAAAUCAGUUACUUCUAUAUUUACACGUGUAUUAGUAGGAAAGAGUGUUUAUAAAUAUUUAUAGAUCAAUGGACUAUUCAAUUUUGACGCCCAACAAAAGAUAAAGUUAUGUUCAGAAUCUGUUAUUGAGUGACUGAUUAGAUACUAAAAAAAGUGUUAAUCUCAUCUGAAAAGCGUGAUAAACGUUCAUGAUAUGUUGUGCUAACAAUUUGUGUAUAUUUAUAAUUUUUAUUUGUAGUGAAUAUUGUAUAAAAUGCCUGGGAAAAUAAAAGUGAAGGUUUUGGCGGGCCGCAAUUUGCCGGUGAUGGACAGAGCUAGUGAUACUACAGAUGCAUUUGUGGAGAUCAAGUUCGGCGGUGUCACACAUAAGACCGACGUUUGCAGGAAGUCUUUGAACCCACAUUGGAAUAGCACAGAAUGGUACAGGUUUGAGGUGGACGAAUCAGAGCUUCAGGAUGAGCCACUGCAGCUUCGCCUCAUGGACCACGACACCUACUCGGCCAAUGAUGCGAUCGGCAAGGUGGUCAUCAGCCUGGCACCACUCCUUGCUAGAGAGGCCAAUAAUGCCAAGGGGAACGCACCGCACGGCGGCGCCGUGAUGUCCGGCUGGAUACCUGUGUUCGACACGAUGCACGGCAUCCGAGGAGAGCUGAACGUGAUCGUCAAGGUGGAGCUGUUCUCGGACUUCAACAAGUACAAGACGUCCAGCUGUGGGGUGCAGUUCUUUCAUUGUCCAACGAUACCCCCCGGAUAUAGAACGACAUCUAUACAUGGCUUUGUCGAGGAGUUGGUUGUAAACGACGACCCAGAGUACCAGUGGAUAGACAAGAUCAGAACUCCACGCGCUUCCAACGAGGCGAGGCAGGUCGCCUUUAUCAAACUCAGUAAUCAGGUGCAAAGAUUGGUCGGUCUCAAGGCUGCGGAAUUGGGUGCUAACGCUGUAGUCGGCUACCAACAGGACUUUGACUUGGAAGGCGAAGCGGGAGUCGUCGCCAGAGCUAUUGGCACAGCGGUCACUAUAUCGCCUCUGCCGACCCCCUCGCAGCCUAUGAACAUGCCGCCCUGCACACAGCAACAAUUAAAGAAGUAUUUGGACAUUUUAUCGACUGACAACGAAAAUGUUACCGAUUUAAACGAAUAUUAUCAGCACCAUCAAGAUGAAUUGGCCAAGCUGCUUACCAUCCUUAACCCUAAAACUCCAUCACUUUUGGACGAAACAGAUAUUAACGAUGAUAAUGAUGACGAAAAACUAUUUAAUAACUUAACUAGACAAUCUAGUGUUAAGAGUUAUACAGGCAAUAUUUCUAUAUACCAGGACGAUUAUAUAUCACAAAAAAGUCUCAAACAUAUUUCUGAAGAUCAAACAGAUUUAAAUAGACUACUUAAUCGUGAUUAUUUUGAUUCUGAUACUCCUGGACCAUUGAGGAAAAUAAAAAAAUUCAAAAGCAAUUUCUUUCUAAAAAGACUAAGUAGUAUGCGUGGUCGCAAACAAGAAACACAAGAUGAUCAGAUAUCGCUGAAGUCAAAUUCUUCUGAUACUUCUAGAAUUUCUCUUGUCGAUAUAAAAAACGAACUCAAAAAAUUUAAACGAAUAAAAAAGCCUAAAUUUCACAAGAUUGCCAAUAAUGCAGAUGAAGGUAUAGGUAUGGCAUCUGUACUCGCCAGAUCUGUGAUUCACGCUCAUACAAGUCUCGCUUGUAUCGCUGAAACACAAGAUUCUGAACACUCACCGAAUUCAACUUUGAGACGUGCUAGUGAAUCUGAACCUACAAUUAAUAUGUCUGAUGAAGAUAAACCCAAAACUACUGAUACAGAUACAUCCUUUGAUGCUAAUAGCAAUAAAGAUGAAAAUAAACAGGUGCCAGAGAUACACUUUUCAUCUUUAAUGAAUAUUAAUUCAGACGAAAAUGAAAAAUCGGAAAGACGAGAAAGACGAUUUUCUGAAUCAUGCCCUACAUCUCCGGUGGCGCGUAGAAAUAAUAAUCUACUUAAGCCUGAAGAUGCUGAUUAUUAUGGUUCAGUAUCAUCUGCUCUAUCUGGUGAUAGUUCUGAAAUAUAUUCUAGUUCAGACGAAGACGAUGAAAGUUCUGAUGUAAGAACAGACACUGAAAAAUCAGUUGAAACUACUAGUUCUAUUGUAAAAUCUGUUCUAAGUCAUGAAAUAAAUCCAGCUUUCAUAGCACAAAUGGAUAGAAAACUUAGCAUUCUGGAAACUGAAAAUCUUGACCGCCGUUUUGUCGACGAAGAAAAGCAAAAAAAGAUAAAAACAAAUGCUGACACAUAUGAAUCUGAUAAUACUAUAAACGAGAAGAAAGAAAAGAUCGUAGAGAAACAACAUAACGCUACAAUGUUCGCUCAUGAGGAUGCCAACACGGGUGAACGAGACAAAGAUAGGAGUGAAAAGGAUAAAGGAUCGCCUCGGCAUGCGAGGCACGAGUCGUACGGAGGGAAGGAGCCUGUUCCGCCCGUUUCGAAUACACAGAACUCUUCGUUGCAUUCAACGUCAACGCCGAUGGGCAUACAUCGGCGGUCUUCGGAUUCUGAUCUCAGUAUUACACCGAAAGGCAGCUCAGUAAACACGCCCGGGGUCAACGUCGGCAGCGGCGGUGGCGCCAUUCUGAAGCCCUCGAUGAAUAGCAACAACCUGGAAAUGCUCGAGUAUCCUUUCCUAACCAUGAGCGAGUAUCCGCCUGGAUUUAUAGUGCACAUAGGCGGCACUGUGUGCGCGCGUUCGGUGAAGCUGGUGGACGGCGGCGGCGAGAGCGCGGCGCGCGCCGCCUGGUGGGCCGAGCUGCGAACUGAGCUGCGCGCGCACGCUCGCGCACUGCGCUGCAACGCCGUGCUGGCCUACAGCGACACCGCCGCCAUAUGUGAGGACGUAUGCGUGCUGUCCGCGUCUGGUACAGCGGCCGUCAUCAACCUCGACUGCGACUUCAAUGCAGACUGCGAGCCAAUCACAGGCUCAACCAACACGAAGACUGUAGAUGAAACGGAGGAGUGCUGCUCGAUCGCCCACGUGCCGUACUCGCCCGGCGCGGGCCCGUACCGCGCCGAGCUGUCCGUGUGCGGCGGCUGCAGACGCGCGCGCGUGCCGGCCGUGGUGCUGGCGAGCUGCGCCAAGCCCGCGCGGCUGGCCGCCUCCCCUCGCGCCAUCACCCUCACCGCUGUCGCUGCACGUGUACGCAGAACCCCGCCCACCGGUGAGCCUGCAGCCAGAGAUAUAUCUGAUCAGUUGCCCUUCCUAGAGUACGAGCUACAUAAACUGCUCAUCGCCAAGUUAAGGAUGCAGGGCGCGAAUGCAUUGUUCUCGCUGCAAACUCAAGUGUGUGUGGGCGAGCGCUGCGUGAUGGCGCUCGCUAGUGGCGCCGCCGUGCGGCUGGCCGCGCUGCCGCCGCCCACCCCGCCCAGGAUCAAGUCGUCAGAAAACGACAAAGAUGCACUAGAAAUACAGAAAGCGCUGUGGGAUACAUUUGCAGCUAAUAAAGCAGCUAACGGUUUUGAUAUUGGCGGGUCCGAGCUCAGCGCGAACGGGGCGUUGCCCGAGGUGGAGGGCGACGAGUCCACCGCGCCCGCGCUCGACCUCUGCUCGGACAAAGACGCCUGCGUGCUCGAGCUGGACGAGGCGGAGGACGUGGAGACAGCGCGGUCGUUGGCAACGCGGCGGCUGCACACGCGCUUACCGUUAUACGGCGCGGGGCUGCAAGCAAGGUCUGUGCCGCCGCACGCCUUCACGCAGGUGUGGCGUGCGCGGCUGCAGCUGGGCGCGCAGGGCGGCGGCGCGAGCGCGGCGGCCGAGCGGCACGUGGCGCGCGCGCUCGACGGCGUCGCGUACAAGCUGCGCCGCCUGCAGCCCUGCGCCGCGCUCGCGCCGCGCCUGCAGCUCGACCUGCCCGAGGAUGAAAUUCAGUUAGUAGUAUCCGGAGCGGCCAUACCCUUAGUGGAUCCAACGAAGCCCGACAUCAACCAAACAGAAAACAGUCACAUGCAAAACUCCAACCAGGGCCAUAGCAAUCAAGGCGGCGGGACGGGCGAUGCUGACGAUGACAUAUUCGCAUUGGAUGAAGAGCAGCUCGUGAAGACACAACAGACCGCCGAAGUGCAGCGAGGCGGCCGGGCGGCGCGGCUGCUGUUCGUGCUCAGCGGCUUCCUGCACACCUUCACCUGCGAGGUGAGUGCAGCGGCCGGCGGCCGGCGGCCAGUGCACGCGCGGCUGCUGUUCGUGCGGGAGACCACCUGCGUGCGCGAGCUGGGCGGGCUCAGCGGCUUCCUGCACACCUUCACCUGCGAGGUGCUAGCGAUAGUGCGCGCGUACACGGCUGCGCUAGGCGGCAAUGCGCUCACAUCAUUCUACAUCACGCAGCUCAUGUUGCAAGACAACGCACAUAAAAAUCAGGGUCAGUGUCUUCUGUCUGUAGGCGGAGAUGUGGUUCAUAUAACGUAUUAAGGUAGUAUCGAAUUAGUGCAUAUCGAAUUUGUACGGUGCAACCGGUCCUAUACAAGUAUCGCAUAGCAUAUUGGCGAUAUCAAAGUACAGUCGCCUCCAUAAAUAAAUGCUUAUUAUGGUACUAUACAUAUAAAAUAUUGUUUAGUAGGUAUAGUGCUAUAAUAUUGUAUGUACGUCAUUUAUUUAUUUUGUAAUAUCUCAAAUGAAGCUGUUAUUAAAAUAAGGUUAAAUUUGUGAAUUAAAGAUAUUUUGUUGAAAACAAUUAUACGGAUCCUAAGUCAGUCAAUGGCUAUUUAUACGUUCUUUUAAAUUCGUUAGAAUCUUUAUACUAAAUGUGAAAUAAAUAAUAAAAUUAUUAUCUAUCUAUUUUAAGAGGCAAAUAGCACAAAAUAUCCUAACAAGAACUGGCACGUCAUGGGAGUAACGAGAGAUUUUUAUGCUGAAGUAAUUAUGCACUUUAUUUAAAUAAACAUAGUACUUGUAUUUGGUUGACUACAAUAAAUAUCAUAUUAGAGUACUUAGAAAGAAAAAAAAAAAACUAACAAAAACAAAACUAAUUAUAUUGUUUUUUUUUUUUUAUUAAAUUAAUAAGCAGUUAUUAUUAAAGUAAUAAAAAAAAGUGUAGAGUUUUAAAUCUUUGUCUUCAUGUUUAAUUCUGUAUAACCAAUACAAUAUAAUUUUUUUUAUUUUCUGUUAAAUAUAUCAACACGUAACAAUAAUCCUUAGAGAAUUAUCUAUAGAAUAUAAUAUUGUAUGGAAAAAUAUGUAAAGUACAUAAUUACUAAUGAAAAUCAACAUAAAAAAAAUUACGUGGUGCAUUACGCCUAGUUCAAUUCAUUUAGUCAACUUUUUAUAUACGUUAUUGUCUUUAGAUGUAUAAAUAAUAAUUAUAUGCUAAAAUUAAUGUGUCGUUUAAAAUCGCAGCUGACUGUACUGUACUAUGUCAUUAUUGAUAAGAAAGAGAGACUGUCAAAUUAUUUAUGUAUAGGUAUAAAUGUAAUUUUUUAAAUGUCUUUUUAAAAGUGGACGAGAAAAACUGGGCUCAUCACCAUUAAGUUGACGAGUGAAGCGUUUGAAGUAUGUAUAGGGGUAUUAAGUAGUAUUUAUUAUGUGGUAUUAUAUGGUAUAAAAAAUAUUCAAAUUAAAUUAAGAUAAUGUAUAUGUACGUACAUACAUACAUACUGCAUAUAGAUAUUACAACUCUGCAUCUUCUACCGAAUUUAUCAUGGGGAGUGCUCUGAGGAAUUGUUCGGAUUGAUACCUGCUGCAGAUUUUCACCAUCGUACAACCCGACACAAACUAAAGUUUCAUCCCAACCUAUCUGGACGAGUGGCGUCGUGAUCGUCGUAUCUCCACCGUGCGUUUUUCAAGGCACUUCCUUCCACGCACAACCACACUUUGGAAUCAACUUCCAGCAGCAGUAUUUCCGAACCGAUACGACAACAUGACCUCUAAGAAAAGAGCAUAUUCCUUUUUAAAAGGCCAGCAGCACACCUGCAAUGACUCGAGUGCUGCGGGUGAUCAUGGGCGACGGCAGUCACUUACCAUCAGGCGAGCCGCAUGCUCGUUUGCCGAAUGUGUUAUAAAAAAAUAUUAAUAUAUAAUAUAUUAUUAUACAUACAUAGCCAUUGUUAAAUAAGCAUAUAUAUAUUGUCUUCCUGCUUCACUCGUCUAUUAGGAUGCGAGGAAUCCUUUUUCUCUCGUCCAUAACUUUAAAUUGUUUAAGUAGGUUAUAAAUUAUUAUAUUAUUUUCCUUGUAAGAUACUAUCUUGAAUGUAUCCCCUUUUUGGUCCAGUGGUGUAUUUGAUUCGAGACUAACAGUGUCCUAGAUAUUGCAGGUCAAAGAAAAAAAUAAAUCUGUUUCAAGAGAUUUUUGGCUCAAAUCAAAUAGUUAAUUACCAUCAAAGAUUUUUUGGAUAUUUUUUCUAUCACCUAAAAUUAAACCUACGAUAAUUAAGAUAAGAAUCAAGUUAGUAAAGCAAACCCGCUGGGCCAAAAAGUACCCGCCUAUUUCAAUCGCAGAAACAUGACAAAUAUAGGACUGUUUACUUACAUCAUGGUUGUUUACAACCUCACAUGUUUUAUGAACGGAACUUGACGCCUUAGAUAAGUGGCCAAUGAAUCGAUAGAUACAUUAUCGCUACUGCAUGCAUGAGGUAGAUCGAGCAACAAUUUUCGACAUCUUAUAUAUACAAUAACGAAAUUAUCUCUAGUGUAUCAAUAAAUUUAUCAAUAUCAAUAGUCUAGUAUAUCAAUAUUUCUGUCUUGCACUACUACUGCCCACUCGCUACUUCCUAUGCCACUGUGUUAGGUUGACUGGAAGAGAUCUCUUUUAGAGAUAAGUUCGCCUUUGCUAACAUUGUUAUUAACUUAUUGUUGUUACUGUAUGUUUUAGUGCAAUAAAGAAUAUAUAAUAAAUUCCUUUGCCACUUAUCUGGGGUCGGUACGCUUCUAACAGCAUGGAUAUAACUUAUACGAUAUGAUAACCGCAUAUGGAUCGUUCAUGAAACAUGCAAAAUAUAGUAUUAAUUGUCUAUUUAAUCUAAUAUCAUCGUCGUGAACUUAUAUUCGAUAUCUGAAACGCCAAUCAGUAAUAGAGUUUCAUGUUUAUAAGUCAAUAUUCUUUGGGAUUGUUUAAUCACGAACGGUUUUUCAGAAACCGCUGAAAAAUGUUAGCAACUUAGUUUAAAUUAUUUUUUUUAAAUAUACAAAUGCUCUCCGGAAAUGAAUUUAUAUUUUAGGCGCAUAUCAUCGGCGCAGGUCGACAUCUAAUUAACUCAAUUUUUGUAGUUGGUUUUCUCUGUAAUGGUGUCGCCCUCUAUUGGCUUAAUUUCUGUGCCACCUUUGUUAUACAUGACUUUUCAGAUGAUAUUACCUGCCCCAAAAAGUAGAAAGCGAGUGGUAAUUUAAUUUCGUGGUAAAUUUAAUUAAAUUAAAUUAUUUUUAAAUGAUUCAUACGUGAAUUUGUAAAAGAAGUUUAGGUUAUAAUUCGAUCUUAGAAUUAUUGAGAUAAUUGCUGUCAAUUUAUAAAAAAAAAACCGUCAUUAUUUCAGCCAUUAUCUGUCCACUUCUGAACAUUAGCCUCCCCCAUAGACUGCCAUAAGGAACGGUCCUGAGCCACCUGCAUCCACUGGCUUCUUCCAAUGAAUUGGUCAAGAAUAGCUGAUCCGCCGAAGACUGGGGGCCGUUUCUUUUUGGUGUUUACCUCUGGGAGGUUUUGCCUGUAUUUGCCACGCUUGGCAGGCGGAUUGGCAAUGUUUUAAAUUUUAUAAAAAAAAAAUACCUCCAACCUUAUAUAUGAUAAAUAUUGAGUUAAUUCUUAGCCUACGCCGAUGAUAAUAACCAUAUUGUUCUCUCUAUUGCAAAUACUCUUUAAAUUGUCUUGCCAUUUUACUUAGGUACAAGCUACAUGUCUAAAUCGCAUGUUUUUUGAUGUGUAUUUUAGUAGAAACGGGGAAUCGGACCUCAUGAAUCCUCAUGAAUCAUGACCUAGUACUUAAACCCGCUUGCGCUAUCGGUAUACGCUGGCGGGGCACCAGUGAGAGAUGAUAAAUGAGGAUGAACUCAAAUGAGCAUCGUGACGAAUUCACCAAGAAUUAACCACGAUGGUUUCUAUGGAGACUGUAUGUUUUUUUUUAAUGGAUGAUAUUGGAAUGGUAACUCCGCCUGCGCUAACGGUAUACGCUGGCGGGGCACCAGUGAAGAAUGAAAGGUGAGAAUGAAAAAGCAGAUCAAUUAGUCCAUCGUGAUGAAUACACCUGGGAGAAUUCAGCACGAUGGUUCCCAGGGGGACCACGUGGAGGUCGACCUGAAAGAGUAUAUUGCUAGCAAUAGGACUUGUAGUCUGCAUUACUAACAAUCCCUUUCCCCUCUUGGGGACUAUAUGGAGAUCGACCUAACAAGGUAUAUUGCUAGCAACGGGGCCGUUAGUCCCCGCUAUAGACAAUCCAUCCCCCGAGCAUAUAUGGAUUAGUGUAUGGUGCUAUACAUUGUAAUUCUCAAUGUAAAACUGUUCAAUGCUUAAUAUUAGCAACGUGUAAACUGUGCAGUAAAAUUUAUAUAAACUAUUAUUUCUUUAGACGUUGAAUUUGGAGCUCUUUAUCCAAUACAUUAAGGUUUUGAUUUGUACAAUAAAGUGUAAUCGAAUUGCGUUUCAUUUGAUACGCAACCGAUGGAUUCUUUUAUGUUUGUUUUUAAAACUUUUUUUUGAAUACUAUUUUUUAUUGUGCUAUUUUUUAUUGAUUAUACCAUCUAUGUAUGUAUUUUUUUUUUCUAUAUUUGGCAUACUUUUUAAACUAUGCGAUUGUCCAUUUUUUUCGUAAUAAAAAAAAAUAAAUCAAGAAAUAAUAUGGAAUACAUAAAAUUAAUACAAAAAACUAUCUGUUUAUGUACAACAAUUUUUAAAUUUUACACCGCAUAAUAACUUUUCUGUUUUGCCAAAUGUUGACUGGGAGAGAAUGCUAUAUAGCAUUAUAUCUGCUUUUUGUACUAAACAUUUUUUUUUGUAAUGUGGUCAAUAGAAAAUAAAUAAAUAAAAACUCUAUUCAAUUUAUUCAUUUUAUGUACUGUUAUUUCAAUUAAAAGAUUAUUAAAUAUGUCAAGUAUAAAGAAAAAAAUAUUAUACUCCCAGUUUAAAAAUAAUGGUUAUACUUGUUUUUCACCUAUCUUUACAUUUUUAUAUAAUAUCGUAGAUUAUCAAAUAUAAUAGAUACGAUUAGGAAUGGUACUGCAUUUGAGAAUGAAAUGUUUUGAGAGGGAAAUGGAGUUGUGUCAUUGGUCAUUAGCAGGGCUAAGCAAGAAUGGGGUCGCUUCUGAAGCAUCAUUCCUUUAAACUACUACUAAUAGACUAAAAACUAUUUUUAAACAUAAAAUUUGAUAUCACAACGAAAUUUUUAUUUUAAGGAGUAAUAUGAACUCUAUUUAAUUUUUUUUUUUAAUGGGUGAUAAUGGAAUGGUAACCCCACCCGCGCUAUCGGUAUACACCGGCGGGGCACCAGUGAAAGAUGAUAAGUGAGGAUGAAGCAGGUCAGUUAGCCCAUCGUGACGAAAUCAGCAAGAUUGUUCACGAUGGUUUCCAGGGGGAACCACGUGGAGGUCGACCUAAUAGGGCAUAUUGCUGGCAAUGGGGCUGUCAAACUCCAUUGCCAACAAUUCCUUUCCCCCCAUUUAAAAUAUAUUAAAGUCAAGAUUAUUCUUAAAUUAGAUUAUGAUGGUCUAUUAGACUGUAAUUUCGAAAAAUUAUCGAAUUAAAAUUUUAGGUUUAGAGAAAUGACUCAUCAAAAUCGGCCCCAAUAGUUAUACUCAAAAAUAGUAAUACUUUUACUCAGUGACAUUGCAGAAAGCCCGUGAUGCAGCGGGAGAGCUUCCAGGGGUCGCUGCACUUUAAAAAAGAUGUAAAAUAUAAAUUUUACUUUUUUUUUUUAUUUUAAAGUGCACAAACUGUACUUAAAAUAAGAACCAAGCUUUCAUUUUUCUCAUUAAUUAUUUACAAAAUUCAGUCAGUGCCAUUUCCAAUACGUAUCUUUAUUGCGUUUUGGAUGUUUUUACGUAUUUUAUCUAUUUAUACAUGUGUGAUAUUAGCAUGAAAAUAUACUGUGGUAAAAUA